CCCGGCUUCCCGUUCCGUUCCAGCUCGCCGAGCAUCGUCGGAGAGGAAGGUUGGAAGGGGAAGCGUCGCGAGCCCUGCCUGUAGCGUCCGAGCCAUGGAGAACCGGGGGUCGUCGGGGUCGGGGCCCAACUCGCCGGCGCAGGCCGGCGGUGGCAGCGUUCCGCGACGCCAGCCGCGCGCCCGCGCCGACCCGCUCCUCAUCGUCUGCCGCUGCUUCGGCGUCGUCACGGCGGCCACCGCGCUCCUCUGCGUCGCCGUCAACGUCCUCUCCGCCGUCCACUCCUUCCGCGGCGGCACCGACAUAAUCGGGGGCAUAUUCCGGUGCUACGCGGUGGUGUUCGCCAUCUUCGUCGGCGUCCUCGAGACCGAGUGGGAGUGCAUCAUCAAGUUCUGGAAGAUAUUUGAAUACUUGCCUGCGAGGGGGAUGCUACAGAUAUUUGUUGCUGUCAUGACAAAGGCAUACCCAAAUGUUGAGAGGAAUGAUCUGAUUUUGCUUCAGGAGAUUGCCAGCUAUAUGCUUCUUGCAUGUGGAGCUGUCUACAUAAUCUCGGGUAUAUUGUGCCUUGGUGUGUUAAAACGUCGUAAGCAGCAGAAAGCAACAUCACAAGAGCAAGCAAUUAAGGAUCUGAAGGAACUGGAGAAACGGAGAGAAGAACUUGAGUCACUGUUAAUUGCUGAGCGGUCUGAGAUGGCCUGAUGAGUGAUGACUGACCACAAUGAUCAAACAUCUCUCGUCCCCAGUGUAGAUAAUUGUUUUUUCCAGUUGAUAGCAUACUGCUUGGUCUCAUAGCCAUCAGUUGUUCAUCCAGAAGUCACUUUGUUGAAGUGCAUCUCCUCUAAUUACAGUAGUAUAAGUAUGAAGCAUUGCUACUUGUUUAUACCUGCUUUACGGAUUGUAAACUUGAUAUCUCCAUGCUACAUAUCAAUGUGGCUUUGCAGUCGCAUGUGCUUCACAUCUCAUUAUAGUGAUGCUGCACAUCGGAUCCUUCUUUUUUCUAGACCAUAGAUACAUAUGUUUCUCUUAUUAACAUGCUUUGAACGGACAGGUCUUGCUGUUUUCUUCUGGACUCCCAGCUGAAUUGUGGUCUUUCCUUUCAGAGCAUUGCAUCAGUUCAUCAGCUUGGAGGUUUUCAUUUAGAUUAUGGCAUUUAUGUGAUGUAGUGUGCUGGCCUAGUGUAUGCCUAUCCUGUGCUGUGCUGUUAACUCACUUGAAUUUUGUGUGUAAGCUGUAAGCAUGGUCUUGUUCGUGAAUCAUGAGUUGAAGCAACUUUAUCUUUCGACA